AUGAUUGAUAUACAAUCAAAAAGAGGUUACAUGUGUAUAUUGGUAACAACUGGGUUUGAGGAUCCUAUAAUGCUGGCACAUUACCGCCAUUUAAUUGGACGUCAUUAUAGUGCAACAUUUGUGAUCUAUACCGGCAGAGUUGUGGAUCUUAAACCUAUAAGAGAUAUAUGUUGUGCAUUAUAUCAAGGAAACUUUGUUAACAGUGUGGUUUAUUUUCAAACUUCUGAGGGUUUGGAACAAGUAUAUAGCAUUGAAAUGUUUCCAAAAUUUAAAAUGAUCAAUGGAACCGAUUAUAAGGAAUUUUAUAAAAAAAUGAAGCAAAGAAUUAGCUCUGCUUCCCAAGAUGUUCAGGGUUAUAGAUUCUUGACACCCCUUAAGCAAGAUUUACCAAAUGUUUUUGCAUUUAGAGAUAAAAUCAAUAAGGAAUGGAUUUUUCAGGGAACUAGUUAUUCUAUAUUAAAGACUUUUUUUCGCAGUAUAAAUGGUUCCCUAGGGAGCUACGAAAAUCCUAAAAAUAAUAAUACAAAUUUAUCAAAUAUCGUUAACAUGCAAGAGGUUUUGCAAUUGAUACGCCUUAAACGUAUUGAUCUCACAGCUCAUGCCUAUUCGCUAUUUCAGCCCGAUGAUAAUUUGGAUAAAAGUUAUCCUUUAAUGGUACUAAAGUGGUGUCUUAUGGUGCCAUUAAGUAAUAAGAUUUCAACUUUUUUCUAUACUCUGCAACCUUUCGAAGUGAAAGUAUGGUAUUUGAUUAUCAUAUCAUUAAUGGUUUUAUGUAUCAAGGAUUUCAUCUGUCAAAAGUUUAAGUGGAGAAGCACGUAUAAAACCUUUUGGCUCAAUAAUAUUUGUCAUAUGUUAAAUAUAUCUCCUGCCCGCUCAAUUGCCAUUAGCCACCUAUCGAGCUUUCUUUAUUAUGCCUCAAUAUUUUUCUUUGGAUUUUUUCUUUCUGCCUUUUACACCUCUUAUCUGGGCAGUUUCCUAACCGUGUCUCUGUUUCGUGCUCAAAUUAAUAAUAUAGACGAUUUAAUAGCCUCCAAUCUUUCCGUAAUGAUAAUUGAUUACGAACUAGAAUUCCUCAUUCUAGAAGGUUAUCACGGCUCUGUCGAAUUUAUGCAACUUUUAAUGCCCGUAAACUCCUCGACAUUUUACGAACAUCAAAUCUCUUUGAAUACUUCAUAUGCCUAUUUUAUUACCGACGAUAGGUGGCGCUUUUUAAAUGAAUGUCAGAAUCAUUUAAAACAAAAACCUUUCAAAUUUAGUGAGAUUUGUUUCGGUUCCUAUCAUUUGGCCUAUCCCAUGCAAACGGAUUCUCCUAUAUGA